AUGAGACUCUCUAUAGGGACGAUUGCUUCAGAUCAAGAUGAGACAGAGCAAUUUGGUGAGUGGUUAUUGAAAGUUGGUGAUGGUCUAAUAGGUGACAAUAUGGAUGGUUUUUUCAAAGCAAGAACUAUACUGGCUCCCACACUAGACAUUGUUGAAGAGGUCAACAACCAUCUGAUGGCUAUCAUUCUUGGAGGGAAAAAGUUAUAUCUUAGUUCGGAUUCCAUUAGUAUGGAUGAAGGGAAUAUGGAGAGUCAACUAGAUCUCUAUGGUCCUGAAUUACUGAAUAGCAUAAAUUGUUCUGGUUUGCUUCCACAUAAAUUAAUACUCAAGGUUGGUGUUCCGAUGAUGUUACUAAGGAAUAUUGACCAAUCCAGUGGUCUUUGUAAUGGUACAAGGCUACAAGUUAGGAAGCUUGGAAAUCAUGUCAUAGAAUGUGAAGUCUUAAUGGGUAACAAUGUUGGUCAUAUUGCUUUGAUUCCAAGAAUGAAUAUAGUACCAACAAAUGAAACCGUCCCAGUUAGAUUCCAACGAAGACAGUUUCCAUAA